UAUUAUUGGCCUUUUAGCCAAGUACAUUUCAAUUGUCGGCUUGUUAUGUUGUUAAGUCUUGUUAUUUCACUUAAAAAUGCUUUGUAAUUUAAAUUUUGUUGUAUUAACGGUAAUUAGUAGUUUAAGUAAGUCUUCUAAUUAAAUAGAGUUUCUCAAUGAAUUUUGACAAUAACGGCUUUUAUUAUUUAUUUACGUCUUGCACGAGAAUAUUAAGAGGAUGCAAAAUAGAGCAACUACUAGAGACAGUAGAUUAAAUUACACCAAUUAAAAAUGAAAGUUGGUUUUAUUAGAAAAUUAAGUACUGCGAUGUCCAAGAAAAUUUGCAGAUAUUUUAGUGUUCCAUUAUCGUAUUAAAGCAUCUCGUCAUACUUUAAUAGACGGUUUAAGUGCAUUUUAGUUGAGUUAGUCAACAUGUUAUAUCGUAAAAGCGACGUGCUCCCUUCGUGAAUGAAAAAGUGCUAGAGACACGAAAAAAUGGAUUUCGAUCUGACCAAUCUGACCCAAAACUCCACGUUCAAUCCGGACGACAUCUACAAAAAUGAGUCGCACAUCAUGGAAGUGCCCGCGUUACUUGUCUCCUUGUUUUCGGUGGUCGCCAACAUAUUCAUCAUUACGACCAUACUGAAAAACAACGUCCUGAAAACGCACGUCAACUUGUACGUGGUCAAUUGGUGCAUUUGCAACUUGUUCUUGCUGAUAUUGGCCCCGGUUUCCAUGAACAUAUUCGGGAUAACGCGUCACAUCACGUACGAGGCGUUGUGUCUUUGGGACCAGUUCGUUUUCACUUUGCUGUCCGGCAAUUUGAUUUUCGUCGCCGUUCUGCUCAUCGAUUGGUACAUCAUGAUAUUCGGCGGUCAGAAUUGCUUCAGGAAAUGCAAGAACUCGGCCAAACUCACCGUGACCACGGUGUGGAUUGUUAUGGUCGUCGUUGAUUUCGUUUCGGUCGCGUUCUGUGUGAAUGAUCUGAGUUUGCCUUUGGCCGCACUCUUGUUGUUUUAUUCCUACAUGAUUGUUUUCGUUAUCAUUAUUUGUACGCAUCUGCUUAGGUUAAUUAAGUUGAGAACUUCCAGUGUUGUCGUGGAGAAGGAUACGUUUGUAUUAAUUUUAGUUACCUCGUAUUUUUUGUGUUGGCUUUUAAACUGGGUGCUUUUAUGUUGUUUCGUCGUUAGUGGCAAAGAAGAGUUUCACGAAGGGAAAUUGUUUAGUUACGUUUUAGGUUUUAGUAAUUCUAUGAUUGUAUUGUAUUUAUUCUAUCGAUACGACAAUAACUUUAGGAAAUGUUUUAGGGAACUAUUCAAACGUAAUCAAAGCACGAAAGUAUAAUCUGUAAUUGAUCAAUAAAACAUUAAGUAA